AUGUAUGCCACUCGAUCAAGAUAUCAUGAUAUGAUGGCAUCAGUGAAAGAUUUCAUUAAAACGCAUAGUGUACCAAAAGAUUUAGCUGAACGUGUUAUUGAUUAUGUCACAUCGACAUGGGCUAUCACUAAAGGAAUUGAUACAGCAAAAGUAUUAAAUUAUUGUCCAAAAGAUAUGAAAGCUGAUUUAUGCAUCCAUUUAAAUCGUAUGGUAUUCAAUGAACAUCCAGCAUUUCGUUUAGCUAGUGAUGGUUGUUUAAGAGCAUUAGCUGUUAAUUUUAAUACAAUACAUACAGCCCCAGGUGAUUUAAUAUUUCAUCAAGGUGAAAGUAUUGAUCAAUUGUGUUUUGUUGUAUCUGGUUCAUUGGAAGUAAUUCAAGAUGAUGAAAUUGUAGCAUUUUUAGGUCGCGGUGAUGUAUUCGGUGAACCAUUUUGGAAAGAUCCAAAUAGUAUGAGUCAUUCAGCUGCAACUGUUCGUGCAUUAACUUAUUGUGAUUUACAUUGUAUUAAAAAAGAUUGUUUAUUACAAGUUUUAAAAUUUUAUUCAGCAUUCGCGAAUAGUUUUGCACGAAAUUUAGUAUUAACAUACGAUUUAAAAACACGUCUAAUAUUUCGUAAACUAGCCGAUGUUCGACGAGAAUAUGAAUUAGCUGAACAUCGUAAAACUGACAAUGCAUUGUCUAGUCUACGUGCAGAUCAUCCAGUUCGACGUAUGAUACAUAAAUUUCGUCGUAUUGGUGGUACACACAAUCAAUCGACAAAUGAUUCCCCGAUUGGGAGUAACAGUGGUCCAGGUCUACAACAAUUGGCAGACAAUAAUGACGUCAUACGUAUUGCACGUAAAUCAAUCACGUUGGGUGAUUACAAUGACGAUGAUUAUGAUUAUGAUGGUGAUGAUGAUUAUGUGAAAGAUCUAGAAUUCAGUUUGAAAAAUGAUGAUCAGUCAAGAAUGAAAGGGAAAUUCGAUAGUCCCAGUACAUCCACCACGAACGCUGCUAGUCAUCACAAUGGUAAUAAUAACAGCGUACUGGAUGAGAUUGCAUCACGAUGGGGUAAACGGAUCGAGUUGAAAACUAAUAAAACAUUUGUUACUGAAUCAAAUCAACAAGCAGUUUCUUCAAAUACUACUACUACUGCUACUACUACUACUAAUAGUAGUAGUACUAGUAGUACUACUACCACUACUGUCACUAGUCAAAACACUACUACUAACGAUCAACCAACACAUUCAACCAAAUCAUUUUUACAAUCAAAAUGGGGUAAUCGAUUAAAAUCGGCCAUCAUUCCAGAAGAACAAGAUUUACAACAAGGUAAAUUUGAAAAUCCGCCACCGAAUUCGAAUCAACAAAAUAUUGAACGAAUUAUUGACAAUCAAUCAAAACUCAUGAAUGAUUGUUUGAAAAAAUUUGAAUUGUCCAAUGAAUCCAUAUUGAAUUGUUUAAUCAGUAUACAGAAUGAAUUUAAAUUAGAAAUGAACAAUUUAAUGGAACGUAUGAAUACAAUUGACGAUCGAGUUGCUCAACUUGUUUCCAAUAUAGAACAACAGAACCAAUGUCAAUAUGAAACAAUGAAACAGGUACACACCACUGGAGAACAUCGUAACAGUCAACAUGCUACGCAUCAGAAACAUGGUAACAGUAAUAAUCACAAUAAUAAUAGUAGUAAUCUUGGCAAAUUUAUUAAAACAGUAUUCCCAUCCCCGACAGCAAUAUCCUCACCAUCAUCAUCAUCAACAUCAACAUCGGAAAUGUCUACCUCGUUUAAAUCACAUCGUACUUCCUCGAAUUUAGUCAUGUCCUCUAAUAAAAUACAUCCAUUGAUUGUAUUGCCGACUGAUUCAAAAGUCAAUAAAAGCAUUUCAACAAUUCACCAAACUCAACAAAUAUUGAAUAAAAAUAUCAAAUUAAAUAUUUUACCAAAUAAUAAUAAUAAUAAUAAUAGUUUGUAUAAUCUUCCGACGAAACGUAGUCCUCCUAGACAACGUAUAUCACAAUUUUAUAAACAAUAUUCAGGUGAGACAGAUAGUCAGUUGGAACCAUUAUCCACUGAAAGUGAUUUAUCUUUUCAAUCUAGCGAGCAGAUUGAUUUGAAUACAUUUUCAUCAGAAAUUUUCUAUACUAAACCAAUACAAUCUAGUGCAUUUUGUACUACUACUACUAGUACUACUACUGCUAGUACCACUGAUACUGUACACACCAUGGAUUAUCGAUAUUCAUUACCUUUACCAUUUAAUAAAAAUACAUUUCUCUAUCAAUCGACAUCGUCGAAUUUAGAUCAAUUUCAUGCAAAUCGAUUCUCUCAUCGUAAUCCAUUUCUAGCAUCGAAUGUGAAUAGUGUAUCAGUGGAGAAUAUGACACAAUCUAUGGUUGUAUACAAUCGACCAUUAACAACCAAUUCACAAUUGAUUGUAUCAGAUAGUUUCAUGUAUCAAUCACCCAGUAAUAAUAAUAAUAAUAAUAAUAAUUUACUGUUUACAACUACUUCUGGACAAUCCAUACUUCCAUCGGAUGUCAUUUUAUUAUCAGAUAAUACCUCUGUGCCUAAUACUUUUCCAACAAUGACUAUCAUCACCACAAGUACUACAAAUAGCAAUAAUAAUAAUAACCGACUAUCUAUUCCCAAUCGAUGGAAUCCUCCUCAUGAAUUAACAUCACCGACAGAAAUGUUCAAUACACGAUUAUUUACUCCAGAAGCAUUGACAUCUAGAUCAGAUCAAUCGCCUACUACCACUACUACUACAUCACAAUGUAUUCAACAGUCAUCAUCAUUAACUCAACGAUCUCAUGUGAGUAGAUUGAAUACAAAAACUAGGGAUUUGACUAAAUUUGAUUAA